UUCACCUUAACCAUGCUUGUUACAAAACAAAAUUUUACUGUUGCAAGAUAAUGUAUCACUGAGUUUAAAAGUCGAAACCUUCACAGUUAUUUUGAAAGAAGAGGUCAACAAAUCAGAAGCAUGUCGAGAAGAAGUGAUCUAUUGGGGAUUAUAAGAGGCUUAGAACAAGUCACUAGAGCUUUAGCUGAGAACCAAGGGAAAGAACUCAGUAAAGCUUGGAAAAACUCUAGUCUAAAAGCAUCAGUAGGAAAUGCUGGUUUUCAAUUUGAGAAUGCUGUUAGUUCAGCUAUUGUUAAACGACAAGAAGUAGCUAGAAAUGUACAAGACAAAGUAUAUGAUAUAUCUAAUCAAGCAUCUGCUGUAGUAGAAACUGUCAAAACAAAGGUUACGGCUGCUUCUCAAAGUCUUCAGUAUAAAGAUGUCCAAUCUGACAAUCUGGACACAGAUAUCCGACCUCCACCUCCUCCAGAAACGUCACCUUUGUCUGAUGAAUAUAUCAUACAGGCCUCUUCAACAGACAUUGUGGACCCACCUUCCACGAAUGAUUCAUCCAUUCCUCCUACUUCUGCAACGGACAAUGUCACACCUCCCAUAAAUAUAUCAAGUGCCUCCAUUUACCCAUCUACUUCAACGUAUCCACAGAGCAAAUCUAAAAAUACAGCAACAUCCGACCAGACAAACUUUCGUACUUCAACAAAGACAACUUCAGGUUCUAUUAAGUUUCCAACGCCGACAGCAGCGGCAGCUAAUAUAUUAAAUACUGCAGGUGAUACACUGAAAGCAGCAGCCAAACAAGCCUCUAAAAUACCAGUACCAAACUUUCAACAGUCUCUAAAUGCCCGUGCUAGAGAAAGAAAAGUACCUGCUACAAGAAUAAGUAGACUUAUGAGUUACGGAGGUUUAGCUGCAGGACUAGGAGUUGGUGCGAUAUCAGAAAUAACAAAAAGAACUUUAGGAUUAUCUGAUAACGCGAAAGGAACAGCUAUAUUAGAUAAUUCACCAUUUUUAACUGAAGCUAAUGCUGAAAGAAUUGUAAAUACUUUAUGUAGAGUGAGAGGUGCAGCACUUAAACUUGGUCAGAUGUUAAGUAUACAAGAUAAUGCUUUAAUUAAUCCACAACUACAGAAGAUAUUUGAGAGGGUUAGACAGAGUGCAGAUUUUAUGCCGAUUUCACAGAUGACAAAAGUAUUAAAUAAAGAACUAGGAUAUGAAUGGAGAGAGAAAUUUGAAUCAUUUGAAGAAAAACCAUUUGCUGCUGCAUCGAUUGGUCAGGUUCAUAAAGGUGUUUUACAUGAUGGUAGAGAAGUAGCCAUCAAAAUACAGUAUCCUGGUGUAGCCAAGAGUAUAGAUAGUGAUAUAAAUAAUUUGAUGUCUGUUUUAAAUGUCUGGCAGAUGUUACCUGAAGGAAUGUAUAUAGAUAGUGUAAUGAAGGUAGCCAAGAGAGAAUUAGCAUGGGAAGUAGAUUAUAUACGAGAAGCAGAAAGUGGUAAAAGAUUUAGAGAAUUAUUACAAGGUGAUCAUAUGCUAUAUGUACCUGAUGUUAUAGAAGAUUUAUCUACAGACCAGAUAUUAACAACAGAAUUUAUAUACGGUAUUCCACUAGAUCAAUGUGUGGACUUGGAUCAAGAUACAAGAAAUAGGAUUGGAGAAUCUAUUUUAAGACUGUGUUUACUGGAAUUAUUUGAAUUCCGUUUUAUGCAAACAGAUCCCAAUUGGUCUAAUUUUUUAUAUGAUCCGGAAAAAGACAAGUUAGUAUUAUUAGAUUUUGGAGCUAGUAGAGAAUUUGAUAAGGUAUUUGUUGAUCGGUAUAUACGUGUUAUAAAAUCAGCAGCUGAAGGUGAUAGAGAGGGUAUCCUAUCAGGUUCAAAGACACUUGGUUUCUUAACAGGAUAUGAAACAAAGGUUAUGGAAGAAGCACAUAUUGAUGCUGUCAUGAUAUUAGGAGAAGCUUUCUCUCACAAUGAAGAAUUUGACUUUACAACACAGAGUACAACUGGUCGAAUACAGAAUCUGAUUCCCAUUAUGUUAAAACACAGACUAUCACCUCCACCAGAAGAAACUUAUUCUUUACAUCGUAAAAUGUCUGGAGCUUUCUUACUGUGUGCUAAAUUAGGAUGUCGAGUAAGAUGUAAAGAUUUAUUUGAAAAUGUCUGGGACAAUUAUACCUUUGGUGAUGAAACAGAAGUGUGAUAAUAAAAUAUAUUAAGACAUGUAGACUGAAACUGAUAUUAAUAACAAGAUUAAAACAAUAUUGGGAUGAUGUGUAUAUGACAAUUUAUGUGAGGUUAAAAAAAUAACAGUAGACUAGAAAUAUAUGCAGAGGUAAUUAAUAAAAUCAUGACAAACCCUGAAGGUGGAACAUUUGAAAGAUGAUAGCAUUUUGGUCUGUUGAUAAUUACACUAUAGUCUGUCCCUAAUUAAAAUGCAAAUUUUUGCGGUUCCUCGCCUUUCCGAGUAAAGGGACAAUUAAAUUGGGUUCGUUUGUGUAUCAUCCUGUCUGUCAUCGCACCUUUUGGAACACGAUAAAUCUGCUUCUGAUUGAGAUAGAAUGUUAAAUCAGGUAAAUGUCUUAACCGAGUUCAAUGCUGACCAUUUUCUACUUUGGCUAAGCAGAUACUACCCCAGAUACAAUAACUUUUAUUUGUUAAGUGGUCCGGUCAGGACAUCCCGUACAAACUGCCUGAAUCUUUCAAGUAUUUUUUUUUAAAGAAAUACAAACUUACAAUUCCAUGUUAUCUCCUCGUGUCUAGUAAAUAAAUUACUUAACCACAGCAAAAGCAUUUAACUAUUACAUGUAAAAGGGAGACGAUUCUUGGUCAAGUAUACGGUUGCAGACCACCAUUAAAUUUCACCAUGUGCUUACCCACCAAUGAAGUUCCUUAAAAUACUCAUCUUUCUCUCUGUCUAAACUUUUCACCUUUAGCAUGGCCAUUUUUGUUGAUUUUUUGGUCUAGAAUCAAAGAAAAUUGUUUGGGGGAUAGUUACCGGUACAUGAUUAUAAUAUGCUACUUCAGGUUUGUGUAUCUCAGAAUUUUACUGGUCAACCUGAUGCAAACUUUUGUUGCUCUGUCUUUAGUGAAAAGCGUUCAGUCCUACGAAAAUAUGGGAAAAGUUAGAUGUUGGGAAAUAGACCCCAAUUAAAAUUAAAGUCAAUGGGGAAAGUAAUGGUGCUCUGAAUCCAUGUUAUUGAAUAUUAUGUUGAGCAUAAUAUAGUUAAGUUUUCUAUUAUUACAUGUAUAAAGGGAGAUGACUCUUGUUUCAGUAUACCAUAGAAUAUGUAUGUGUGUUAAUAUAUAUUUAUUGUUUAUAGUAUAUAAGAAUAUAGUAAAUAGUGCUGAAACUGUAAAAAUUAUAAAUUGAUUAAAUAGUUUCUCACUAUAAACUUGGUUGGUUAAUAUUAGAUAGAGAAAUAGUCUUAAGUUAACCAUAUUGUUAUGUGUAACACCAGAAUUCUAAGAUUUCUUAAUUCUACUUCUUAAACAAAACAUUCCUUCCUUAUACCCUUAAAGUAGUCGAACACUGAUUUAUUGCAUCUGCAACACACAAUUAAAAUCCAUAUCUUAAAGAAACCCAAUAUUGUAAGUGUGUGCUCAUGGGAUGGGGGACUCACUGACUAUGGGUAUGCCAAGACUGUGGCCAAUAAAGAAGUUGAAAAUGUA